AUGGCUGAGAGGCUUCCCUUGGGAGCAGUACGGAACAUCAAGUCACCUACCUUUACUUCUUUUGCAUUUCCAGAACCGGAGUCCAAUGGAUCAAACAAUCAGUUGCUUUCUAAUGGGUCUAGCACUGCCAGUACUCGCACUUCAGGUCAUACCAGACAGGGACAUUUGGAAGCAGCAACACGAAAUGGGAAUAGGACGAGAGAAGGUGAAUCACGUAAUGAUAAUGAAUGGGUGGAGCAAGAUGAACCUGGUGUAUAUAUAACACUUACCUCCCUCCCCGGCGGCGUCAAGGAUCUAAAGCGAGUUCGCUUCAGUCGGAAGCGUUUUAGUGAGAAACAAGCGGAGCAGUGGUGGGCAGAGAACAGGGCUAGAGUAUACGAACGAUACAAUGUACGAAUGAUUGACAAGUCAAGUAUAGGCAUCGGGAGCGAGGACUUGGCUCAUUAACACACCAUCUUAUAAAAUCGUCUGUAAAUGUAAUGGUAAUGGUCUUUCUUGAUUUCGACACCAUUUAUAGGGAGUUCAUAUUGAUCAAAUUAGAUUUGCUUUCCAUCUGUUAUAAAAUGGGUAGGUCGAAGCAAGAUUGGUAUAAAAACAGUGAGAGUUAAG